CUCUGCGACAGGACCAUCGCGUAAAGAUAGCGCAGAUGAGUACUCGCUGCGUACACAUCCUGGUCAACGGGAAAUCUUACCGAGGAUUUUCGUUCGGCUCGGUCCUUCCCGGAGGAGCUGCGAGGAGAAGCAUCGUCGUCGUCGUCGUCGUCGUCGUUGUCGGCGGCGGCGCGGCCGCGCUCGGAAACUUCUCGGAAAGAAUUCCGCUCGUGAAAGGCGGCGGGCGGGUGCGUUUCGCGGGAGUCCCGUGGAAAUUAGGGUAUCGCCGAUCGGAAGGUACGCCCGUUCCGCCGUGAAAAAGAGACACCGGACGAUCGAUGAGCGGCGACAACGGUCGCGUGACACUAAUCCUCGGCCACGAGGAUCUUGCCAAUUUCGAAUCGAGAGGAUCACGUGCGAUCAGCGUCGCGUACUGAAUGGGAAGAGCAACAGGACGCGGACAAAGAACUUUCUUCGCGAGCGUUGAACGGCUGCUCGGUCUUGGUCGGUCAGUCCGGCGUCUUCGUGGUGGCACGGUGAAAGCGUCUGCACCAACGUAGCCUGAUCUUCUGCAGCUUCUGGAUGAAGUGCAGGGCCAGAAGGUGAAUAAGGUCUACGAGCUGCGGAUGGUGCGCGGACACGCGAUAGAAUGCGCGAUCACGAGGCGACCCGUGGACGAGUCAACCGCUUAGGAAGCUCGGUCGCCGACGAACGAGAAGCUCUGCCGUGACAUAUUUUCGUUCCCGACGCCUCGCCGCAUCCUUCCGCUAGCCGAAAAGAUGACCGUGCGAACGGUCUGGAUCCUCGGAUCGAUCCUGCUAGUCCUCGCCCGCGCCGCUUGCCUCGUCGUCGAGAGGGAUGAUCCGAUCGACGCUGCGAAUUACACCACGGCGGAUCCGACACACAAUCGAAAGGGCAAGUUCCUGUUCGACGAAUUGUUCGGUCUCGACGUCGCUAUCAGCGGGGACAGCGAGGACGAAACGAUUCGGAAUUGCACGUGCGAAUGCGGCCUGUCCAAUCAAGAGAAUCGAAUCGUCGGAGGAAAGCCCACGACGCCGAACAAAUAUCCAUGGGUGGCGCGCUUAGUGUACGAGGGUCGCUUUCAUUGCGGGGCCAGCCUCGUUAACAAUGAUUACGUUAUUACCGCGGCUCACUGUGUACGUAGAUUGAAACGUUCCAAAAUCCGCGUGGUUCUCGGAGAUUACGAUCAGUACGUGAACACCGACGGCCGGGCAAUAAUGAGAGCAGUGAGCGCCGUGAUUCGUCACAGGAACUUCGACAUGAAUUCGUACAAUCACGAUGUCGCUUUGCUAAAGCUCCGGAAAUCCGUGAAGUUCACGAAAAGUAUUAGACCGGUCUGUUUACCGCAAACAGGCACCGAUCCUGCCGGAAAAGAAGGGACCGUGGUCGGUUGGGGUCGCACGUCCGAAGGUGGAAUGUUAGCGGGAAUAGUCCAGGAAGUGCAAGUACCGAUAUUAAGUUUAAUGCAAUGCCGUAAGAUGAAAUAUCGAGCCAAUCGAAUUACAGAUAACAUGAUUUGCGCCGGCCGCGGUAGUCAGGAUUCUUGUCAAGGUGACAGCGGCGGACCUCUUCUUGUACAGGAAGGCGACAGGCUCGAAAUCGUUGGAAUAGUUUCAUGGGGCAUCGGAUGUGGUAGAGCAGGAUAUCCUGGAGUGUACACCAGGGUAACCAAGUACCUAAAGUGGAUCAACGCCAACAUGAAUGAAGGAUGCAUAUGUGGAACGAGCAUGGUCAGCUUUUCUAGUCCCGCUUUCAGAUUCAUGUGGUUCAUGAUCAAGGUCACCUUCGGAGAGCACGACAGGUGCAUCGAUAAGGGGGUAGAAACUAGAUACGUGGUCCGUGUGCUGAUGGGCGAGUUCAGUUUCCUCAAUUUCGACAACGACAUCGCUUUGCUGCGGCUGAACGAGAGGGUGCCGCUCAGCGACGCCAUUAGGCCCAUAUGUUUGCCGUCCGUGCGAGAUAAGCAGUAUGUCGGCACGAAGGCAAUCGUGUCCGGCUGGGGCACCUUGCACGAGGAUGGGAAACCUUCGUGCCUCCUGCAGGAAGUCGAGGUACCGGUUAUGAGCCUUCAGGAUUGCCGCAACACCAGCUACAGUCCCCGUAUGAUUUCCGAUAACAUGAUGUGCGCCGGAUACCACGAAGGCAAGAAGGACUCGUGUCAGGGAGAUAGCGGGGGUCCUCUGAUAGCUGAACGCGAAGACAAGAAGUACGAGCUUAUAGGUAUAGUGUCCUGGGGCAACGGAUGCGCCCGGCCAGGAUAUCCGGGCGUCUACACGAGACCGAGGACCAGUACCGUCUCAACAGUCGACAGCAAAGCCAUGAAGCUACAGGAUUUCAUCAAGUACCUCCUUUGCAUCGUUCUGCUAAUUUCGGGAUCGGCCCGCUGCGACCGACCCGCCCCUACGCGGAACCUAUUUGAGAAGGAGAAAACGAGACGAACGAGAGGUGUUCUGGACUUCCUAUUCGGCAGAUUCAAAAGUUGCGGCAACUGCGUGUGCGGACGACCGAAUCGAUCCGGCGAAGCGCGGCUUCUUGGCGGAGAGUACACCAUAGCGCACGAGUUUCCAUGGCUGGCGAACGUUCAUGUGAGAUCGCAAUUGUCCUUCAGCGGGGUCCUGAUCAAUGAUCGUUACGUUUUGACCGCGGCGAGCCAAUUAGUCAGCGUAACUCCGGCAGAGGUAAAAGUAUCUCUUGGAGAAUACGAUAGAUGCAGCCUAGACGUAUCAUCGGCGACGAUCAGCGUGGAAUCAGUGUCGCUUUACCCGGAAUACAAUCCUGACUCGCGCGCUCACGAUUUGGCGUUAAUCAAAUUGAGUCAACCAAUUAAAUUUGAAAGGAGGAUAUCGCCUAUCUGUCUGCCAAAUCCAGGUUCGACGUAUCUCGGUCAAGUAGGGACCCUAGUUGGAUGGACAGUGAGCAAAACUGAAGAUAAGAGCAACAAUGAAACCUGUCGACCACGAAAAUUAGGACUUCCGAUUUUAGGUCACAACGAAUGCAUUAAAUCUGGAAUAAAUCCUAUGAACUUCCACAAAGACUCCGGUUGUGCUGGUAUUUUAGGUGGAAGUUCUAUAGUAUGCGAGAACGACGUAGGUUUCUCAAUUCAAUAUCGUUCGUACACUGGAAUUUAUGAUCUCGUUGGUAUAAUUUCGGACGUAAAUAAAUGCGGCAACACACCUGCAGUUUCGAUUUACACGAGAGUGGGUCCACAUCUAAAUUGGAUAUUACAGCAAACUAAAGACGCCUGUUACUGUCCUAAAUAAGAUUUAUUUAUUUGUAAAUAGAAUAUUCAAGAAUUGUGAAUUUAAACUUCCGCAUAUAUAACAAUUUGAAAAGGAUAACGUUCCAUCUAAUUACUAAAAUUAAAUACCAUCGAACAUUCCUUCUCCAAUGAUCAAUGAUAAAAAUAGAUCGCUCCAUCAAAGCAUUCCUAAAAUCUUUUAAUUAUUGUUACUACGAGAAUAAAGUUGAAUAUUCUUUAAAAGUCAACUUCCUCUAUGGCAAAUCUAUUAUUGAAUGCAAUCGAUUUCCAUAAUAUUGCAACAGUCCGCAUAAAUAAGUGUUUAUCAUUAUGGUGGUUUAAUUGCUUAACAUUAACGUUCCUCGUAAAAUACCACAAAGUGUUUUAUCUAUUGUAAUUGAAAAUAAACUUUUUGAACAAAGAA